AUGUCUCUCGCGCCGCGUCUCCGCCCCUCGUCCUGCGGCUCGCGGUGCCCUGCUUCGCCUUCUUCCGCCUUGUUGGCGCUCGCCGCUGCCGCGAAGUUUCCUCUGACUCACUCAUCCUUCCGCCGUCUGCCUCCGCCCCGGGCGCAGACGCACGCCACAAGCGCGUGCCGCGCCGCUGCUUUGUCUGGCGCACGUCCGCCCAGACGCGGCGUGGAAGCUGCGUCGUCGCGCCUCUGCACCGCCCCUCUCUCUGCUUCCUUUUCCCUCCGCAGGUCGAUGGCGGCUCGCGUGUCUGCAUGUUCCCCCGGCUCUCCUGCAGCUCCUUUGUCGCCUCCCUCAGCUGCGUUGCCUGUCCCCCUGGAGGGCGUUCCCUGGAGCUCCCACCAGGGCGCCGACGACCCGACAGAGACGUACUGCUUUGCGCAGUGGCUCAUUGAGAGGCGCGAGGUCUUCUUCUGGAGCCCCUUCUCAGUGGCCUUCACCAAUCUGAAGCCUGUUGUCCCCGGACAUGUGCUCGUCGUCCCCAAGCGCGUUGUCCCGCAUUUCCGCGAUCUGACGGGGGAGGAAGUGAAGGACCUGUUUGAGAGCGCGCGCCGCGUGGCAGCCCUCAUUCUUUCAAAGACUGGAGCGGACUGCUACUCGAUCGCCUUGCAAGACGGUGCGGCGAGCGGCCAAACCGUCGCGCACGUCCAUCUUCACAUUCUUCCGCGAUUCAAAGGCGAUUUCGAGCCGGUCCGCGCUGGCGUCGACCGAGAAGAUAGCAAGCCCCGGACUCGCGAGGAGAUGGCGGCUGAAGCGCAAGAGCUCCGCGACUGGGUGCGGCGCCUCAGCGCAGUCGAGAGCGAGUUAACUCCUCGUUAG